GCGGCGAGCGGAGUGAGUCAGUCGAGUGUCGACCGUCUGGCAGUGCGUUUGUUGUCCGUAGUUGGUGACGGUUAUCUGUUGCGUGUGUGGUGUAAUGUGUGGCUAGACAACACUGUCGUGCAUAGAGUAACGCAAUUAUGUGCUAUUAGUAUUGUAGCACACCAGAUCUAAUUUUACUAAUAAUCUCGAGAUAAAUAGUGGCGUUAUCGUGGUAGUAGCACACUCUUAUGCUACUUGUUGGCUCCAACCACUAUCGGGCUAUUAGUGACACUAUCGUGGUAGUAGCACACUGGUGCAUCACGUGCAAUGAGCAGUGCCAUGAACCCAACGACAGCCCUGAGCAACGGGGGCGUCCCGGCGGCGAAACCGGCCGCCUCCCCGGCGUCCUACCACUACACUAGCAGUGCCAGCCUGCUGGCUGCGGCUGCCGCCCCCAAGCCGAAUCCUCCGCCCCCGACGCUGCCCAAGUACACGACCGGGUCGCUGUCGUCUGCGUCGUCGGCCACCUAUCGGCUGGCCAGUCUCGACCGCCUCGCCAACCGCCAGCGCCUCUUUGAACAGAACUCCACGGCGGCAGCGACUCCUCCCUCCAGUACCAUUGCUACUGACUCUGUGUUGCAAAGCAAACGGGAGUUGUUCUUCAAGAAUGAACUGCCGUCGGCAGGUGGUGGUGGAGGUGGAGGGGCCGUCCCCCCUGUUCCAGCUGCCAAUCCCCCUCCCCCCGCCGUGCCCUCUCCCUCAGCCAUUAAGGAGGCUUUGGCCAAGCGGGCGGCUGCCACUGCAACCAUAGCUCCAGGUGCCGGAGGUGAUAGGAUUUCAGAAAAUGCCGAUACAGCCGAACGAAAUAAUGUCACAAAAGGUGAACGCGAUAAAAUAGUGCCAGAAAGGAAAACGAAAGAACUAGAUGGAUAUGUUGGUUUCGCUAAUUUACCAAAUCAAGUGUACAGGAAAGCUGUGAAAAAGGGCUUCGAUUUCACACUUAUGGUUGUAGGCGAAUCGGGUCUAGGCAAGUCGACACUGAUCAACUCGAUGUUCCUGGCGGACGUGUACAGCGCGGAGCACCCAGGCCCGUCGCAUCGGGUGAAGAAGACUGUGCAGGUGGAGACGAGCAAGGCGCUGCUCAACGAGAACGGAGUCAACCUGACGCUGACCGUCGUCGACACACCCGGCUUCGGUGACGCCGUCGACAACUCCAACUGCUGGCAGCCGGUCAUCGACUACAUCGAAUCUAGAUACGAAGAGUACCUGAACGCAGAGUCGCGGGUGAACCGGAAGGUGCAGCAGCCGGACAGCCGCGUGCACUGCUGCCUGUAUUUCGUCGCCCCGUCCGGCCACGGCCUUAAGCCACUUGACGUCGAGUUCAUGCAUCGGUUGCACGACAAGGUCAACAUCAUCCCCAUCAUCGCCAAGGCCGACACCAUGACGCCCGACGAGAUCGGACACUUCAAGAAACAGAUAUUAAACGAAAUCGCUCAACACAAAAUUAAGAUUUACGAAUUUCCCGAAACAGUCGAUGAGGAAGAGGCGAAACUGCACAAGACAUUACGCGAGCGAGUGCCAUUCGCGGUGGUGGGAUCGAACACAACGGUCGAGGUGGACGGCAAACAAGUCAGGGGAAGGAAGUACCCUUGGGGAGUAGCUGAAGUUGAGAAUCUCGAGCACAACGAUUUUAUAGCACUAAGAGACAUGCUUAUCAGCACACAUUUACAAGACUUGAAAGAUGUAACCAACAACGUGCAUUACGAGAACUACAGAUGUCGCACCCUCGCGGGACUAGGGGCCGAUGGAAAGCCUGUCCGCAUUUCAAACAAUUUAUGCCCACAAGGAGUUCUCAACAACACGUUCAUGACCGUUUGGAACCCAUUGGCUCAAAUGGAAGAGGAGAAGAGGGACCAUGAUGCGAAGAUGAAGAAAAUGGAAACCGAAAUGGAACAGGUCUUCGAGAUGAAAGUCAGAGAGAAGAAACAAAAGCUCAAGGACUCAGAAGCCGAGCUCCAGAAAAGGCACGAGCAGAUGCGCAAAAGCCUUGAAGUGCAGCAGAAGGAGCUGGAAGAGAAGAGAAAGGCGUUGGAAGCCGAGAUCGCCGCCUGGGAGCAGACGUCGGGAGUCAGCAUGGAGGAACUGAGACGGCGCAGCUUGGAGCGAGAAUUUCGAUUGCUCUUGCCAACCACAAGCAGGUCUGUUGACGGUAAGGAGAAAAACAAAAAGAAGAAAGGGCUUUUCUGAAAGAGCCGGGAUAAUUUGGACGAGUGUUAAGUUUGCUACCUGAUUCUGUGCUCAAGCAAACUUGCCUCAACUUUUGGUGUGCCAACUUUUGGAACAACGAGUAACAACUUGUGCAACGAACAGCUGCAUCAACAGUAUUAUCAAGUUGUUUUGUGCCAAUAUGAAAAUGGUGAAACUUUCACAUAUUUUAAACUGCUCUGCUGUUAUUAUAGUGUUUUAUCAAUUGAAGAAGGUUCUGAACGUUUUGACAAACGAAAAACAGACGAAGAAAUUGUUCGUUUUUAUCAUCUUUGUAGAGGACAUGUUAACUUUGAAAACAAAAAGACCUAUGUACAGUAACAUACUAUAAUCAUCAUUGAAACUCUGAUGCUUUCAUAACCACUGAUUUCUGAUUAUUAUUGAUUAGUAACUAAGAUGUAGAUAAAUUACCUACGGUACAAAGUAUACAUGUGAAAUCAUAUAAACUAUUGCUGUCUGGGUAAAUUUCUGUAUAAUAAUGAAUAUUUAGCUGAAUCUUCCUUGUUCCCAAUUUUAAAAUUAGCCAAAAUUUGUGUAAAUACGUUUUGUGAAUUUCUUAUUUAUUUAUUUGGUUCAGAUUGUAUUGAUUUUGUAGGUAGAAAAAACUGAUAUAUAUUCUUCAUGAUUGUAUCAGUAAAAAUAUAUUUAUUAAUGCUCUUUUACCUACAAAUAACAAAUAUAUACUUGUUUACUAAUAAGUCCAUGGAUAAACUAUAUGCUCACUUAGUUAUGUACAAAGUGAAUGUUGAAAUCUAUACUCGGAUGAUACUAAAUAAAAUAAAGGCAAAAUAAUGCCUAAAACUACUCCCUGAGCCAACAUUUCUCAUUUUUUACGGUAUUUUUCAAAUUUUAUAGUAUUUAUUUUCAUAUUUAUAGUAUUCAUAGUUAGAGACAACAGUGUUAUAGAAAGUUUUAUCUUCUCUUAAUUUGUUCUAUCUUUCUCCGAUUCUCAUUUCCAUUCAAACACUCGAUUUAUUUACGUAAAUUUCUCUUUCUAUUUUCAGAAAAUUCAAGUUUCCAGUGUACUUCUUUGAUUUUUGAUUCCAAACAUAAUAAUAUGCUGUGAAUGUGUUGUUGAUAUUGGGAGCAUCAUGCAUUGAUAGGAAAAUACUGUUACUAAAUUAUUUUUAAUACAUCUACAGUAUGUAUUUAUAUUAUAUUAAAAGUCGUUUUAUUGACAUUUAAUAUAAUUUUAAAUAACUACGUUGUCUGUUAUUCCUUCAAUUAUGUUUCGAUCAACAGGAUUGUUUUAGUUUUGUCUUCACUUUUAAAACUAAUAUAUAAAUUCCAUGUCUGUCAUUAAUAGAUCUUUUCCAUAAAAGUCACCCUGCCUUUGCCCUAUUUCCUUACGGAAGAUGAAUUUUAGAUAAUAUAACUCAAAAGUAGAAUUCUAAGAUAUUUUCAUAAGUAGGGCCUAGCUUAACUAAGAUCCAAACACAUCUUGUUCAAUCAAACGUUUGUACAGAUGUCAACAAAUAAGGUGGAUUGGAUAAUAUAAGAAUAUUAUCAUUGAUUAAUUACGAAUGAUUCAGAAUUAUAAUUAAAAUUGAUAUAUUGAUGAUACUAUAAAUUUAAAACUAAUAUAAAUUACACAGCACAAUUACUGUAAUCAAUGCAGUUAAACUUUUCAAAGCUAUAUAUAUUUUUGAAUGUGUUAUACGUAAUCAAGUCCUGUAGUUUGAAGUACCUAUGUAUUAAGAUAAGAUGUAGUAAUUAUUCUAUGUAACUUAAUGUAAAUUAUUUCUCCCACCUUUCACAAAAAGUUUUAAAUUAUUUUGUAACUGUGAUUGUUCCAUUGUAUUUCAACAUUUAUUAAUGUAAUCAUUCCAUGCAGAGUUGCUGAGCAUAAAUGUUUUAUUUGAUUUGCAUUUUCUGAUGGUUCAAUUACCACGAGUCUGAGAAUAUUCUCAAAUGUGCAUUGUCUUAUAUCAAUUAUUGUUUUAAUUCAACAAUUUGUGAAUUAUAUUAUUUUGUAAAAUAAUAGAUUGUACACACAUUGUA